AUGAUGCUCCCCUUGUUCCUGCUCCUCUUUGUGGGGCUCCCACUUGUGGAAUCCAAUUUUACCAACGUGACCAAAGCUGUUCCAGCUACUUGGACCUUCAACGUGCAGUGCCAUGAAUGUGUGGCUGAAAACACGUUUGCGUGCCCGAAGCUCAGGACGUGCUUAUACGACCAUAGACGCUGUAUGACCGUAGCUGCACGUGUGAACCCUCGUUUAUUACUUGUUUACAAGAACUGUACUUGGAAUUGCACAUUUGUAUAUGCUGCUGAACAGCCUCCGGAAACUCCAAGAAGAGUGCUCCCUAAUCAAUUCUAUUUUGCUAAUUGUUGUGGUGGUAUGACUUGCAACUCUGGAGGACCUACCAACGUAGAAAGAGAUUUUUUACCUCCACAGAUAAUUGAGGAGGACUUUGUAGCAGAGUCUGCAUAUUUGGGGAAACCAAAAUUUUUCCUGAGCUUUGCUUCCAUCAUCGUCAGUAAUACAGUGACUUGA